CCCUCCGCGCGCCACCCCAAGGCCCAGAGCCCACCAUGGCGGGGCCCCUGCUCCCGCUUCUGCUGACCCUUCUGCUCUCUGCCCUGGGGAGUGCCCAGCAAGGCCAGGGCGACAAGAGCGGGGAGAAGAUCAUCGAUGGGGUCCCGUGUACUCCAGGCUCCAACCCCUCGCAGGUGGCCCUGCUCAGGGGGAGCCAGCUCCACUGCGGGGGCGUGCUGCUCAGCGAGCGCUGGGUGCUCACCGCCGCCCACUGCAAGAUGAGUGAGUACGUAGUGCACAUGGGCAGCGAAAAGCUGGAGGACAAGAGUAGCCAGAAGAUCAGGGCCACGCGGUCCAUCGUGCACCCGCAGUACUCCACGCAGACCCACGUCAACGACAUCAUGCUGGUGAGACUCAACAGCCCGGCCAAGCUGUCAGCCAGGGUGAAGCCAGUCAGCCUCACCUCGCGCUGCGAGCCCCCCGGGACCAUGUGCACAGUUUCUGGCUGGGGCACCACCACCAGCCCUGACGUGACCUUCCCCACGCAGCUCAUGUGCACGAACGUCAAGCUCAUCUCCUCCCAAGACUGCAAGAAAGUUUACAAGGACCUGCUGGGAAAGUCCAUGCUGUGCGCCGGCAUCCCCGACUCCAAGACCAACGCCUGCAACGGUGACUCAGGGGGACCCCUGAUGUGCAAAGGGACCCUGCAAGGCCUGGUGUCCUGGGGAACCUUCCCUUGUGGCCAAGUCAACGACCCCGGUGUCUACACCCAAGUCUGCAAGUUCUUCAGUUGGAUAAAGAAGACCAUGAAGAGUUACCGCUACGCGCUGUUUCUGCCCCAACCCAGGAGCCCGGGGGCAGCGGCCGCAGGAAUGGCGGUGAAGAUGCUGGUGGCGGCCCUGGCCCUGAUGGCUGCAGCCGGGGCGGAGUUCCAGGACAAGGUGCUCCACGGCGGGCCCUGCGAGCAGGAGUCGCACCCCUACCAGGCGGCGCUCUACACCUCGGGCCACCUGCUCUGCGGGGGCGUCCUCGUCCACCCCCAGUGGGUCCUCACUGCUGCCCACUGCAAGAAACCGAAUCUUACGGUCUACCUGGGGAAGCACAACCUGCAGCAAAAGGAGAAUCACCAGGAGGUGUUGUCUGUUGUCCGGACGGUGCCCCACCCGGGCUACAACGCCGCCACCCACGACCAGGACAUCAUGCUCCUGCGCCUGUCGCACGGGGUCAGGCUCUCGGAGCACAUCCAGCCCCUGGCCUUGGAGCGGGACUGCUCGGCCUCCCACACCAGCUGCCACAUCCUGGGCUGGGGCAAGACAGCGGACGGGGGCUUCCCGAACACGCUGCAGUGCGCCUACAUCCACCUGGUGUCACGCGAGCAGUGUGAGCGCGCCUACCCUGACCAGAUCACCCGGAACAUGGUGUGCGCUGGGGACGAGAAGUACGGGAAAGACUCCUGCCAGGGCGAUUCUGGGGGUCCACUGGUGUGUGGAGACCGCCUCAGGGGCCUCGUAUCCUGGGGCAACAUCCCCUGUGGAUCCAAGGACAAGCCUGGCGUCUACACAGACGUCUGCAGAUACGGCGCCUGGAUCCAAAGAGUCAUCCAAACCUACAGACCCUGACGCAGGGCAGCCACCUUUCCAUCUGCGCCCCCAUCCCCCUGGCUGUGUACGAUUUCUGCAAGACCUUGCCUGCCCCCAUCUGCCCAGACCUGAGCCUUCACGCUUAAUAAAUCCUCC